AUUGGCACUUUUGGGGAGCGGGUACCUGAAAUUGACAGGUACCCGCUCCCACUUCUGUUCCAAUCGGAAACAGAAGGUGUCCUCCCUCCCUGUAGUCUUUUGGUACACGUGACAGGUCCCAGAAGACUACAGGACCAUUCACAAAGCGCAGUGCUACUCACGCAUGAGCAGUGGGUACCCGGCUGUGAAGCCGCAAGCUAUCACAGCCGGGUGCCCACACUGAAGAUGCCGGCCUCCUGGAAUACACUUGAGUCAGAAGAUCUG